UUCUUCCAGUUCUUCAGUCAGUCUACCCAUGAAAUGAAACUCAGAUGAAAGAAGCAGAACCGCAUAGACAAAGGCCAUUCUACAUGCACACCCUGUACUAUAUGGAAAGACGUCAUAUGCAACAGAGAGAGAGACUAUAACGAGGCGAUUGUUGGCGUGUGGCUGCAUUCGUACCGGUGAACGACACCAUGGAGAUGAGCGAGAGAAACAGGGCCCCAGACAACAGCUACGAAGGAGUUCCACAGGAUAAUCAGGAGAAUGAAUACCAGACUUUGCAUUUCUCCGAACGGGUGAAGAAUCGCGCUGCGGAGGUUUUAGGCCACCGCUAUUCCCAAAAGAAGUUCAUUUUGCUGCUUCUCCCCAUCAAUGCUUUGCUACUGACCAUCAUUCUGGUGUUGGUGGCACUGAACUAUAGCCAGUUCAGUCGGAUGGAGCCGAGAACUGACCAUAUGACGGAUGCAGAUCCAGAAGCAGAAGAAGUCUGGCAUCUCCAUGAUGAUGAGUUCUAUCUCAUCUGGCGCAACCGAGGAACCUGUGAAGAUGCAGAAGCAUUCUGCUCUGAAAGAGGUGCUCAUCUGGCCACUGUGGACGACAGCAAUGAGGAAUGGAUGCGGUCGCAGGCCAGAGGAGAGGCGCUAUGGGUGAAGAGAACGGCGCACGCUUCCGGUUCCGGUGCCACUGCAAUAUCUGACAUCGAAUUUGAUUACAAUGACAAUCUCCACAAUGACAGCCUGGACCAAGAGGACUGCGAGUGUGAGCUCUUCCCUGACCAUUACACCAGUGACAACUGUAAAGACCUUCACAAUUGGGCAUGUCAAAGUACCAAGAUCCACUGAGACAUUUCUAUCACAGGAUUUUUAACUAAACACUUGACCACAGCAGGGUAGCCCUGGUCUGAAGCCUAUUCUGGACACACAGGGUGUCAGGUAGGGUACACCCUGGACAGGCACAGGGCAAUCACACACACCCUCACUCACUCACACAGUAACACAUUAAGGGCAGUUUAGAGUGACCAGAACAUUUGAAGCAGAUGUGUCUGCACCCUGGAGGAAACCAGAGCACCCGUAGAAUACCUGACCAAACAUGGGAACAGUAUGCAAACUCCACAAAGAGAAUGGAUUCAAAACCACAUUCAAUUGCACAGCCAAGGUGUGCCUCCAAUCCGCAGAUUAAGUUGAAAUUUUGCCAGCUGAUACAGAAAACAAUAUCCACAUAUUUAUUCCAAGUCAAAAUUUAUAAAAGAUGCUGUACAGGUGCUUGACUGAGAAACAAAAGACCCUCAAAGGUCAUUAUAGAACUCAUAGUUUUAGGGUACCGCCAGCUUGGAUCACAAUUUGUAGGUUUCACUUAAAUCCAUAAACCACGACUUAAUUUAUGCAUUGCAAGGUAACGGCAGCAGUAGUGCGAGUGGGGCUUGAACCAACAGCUGUCAGGUCACAAAUGACCACGUGUCCAUCCUAGCUAAGUGUGUUUACCUUUAGCCCUUGUCUUUUACUUUCAAUCUGUUCAUAUUUUCUCAGUGUGCUGUGUGCGUCUGUAUACUGUCGGGACCCAGUACUGUUCAGUUAUUAAUAAAAAUUAUUUUUUAACUAUUUUCUAAAAUAAGCUAAUUAGUUAUUUUUUCAUUUAUGGGAUACUUUUAUGCAAUGUGAUGUGCAAUGCUAGGUCUGUAUACCAUGCUACUUACAUAUACAGCAGCUGCAUCAUUUUUACCAUGUCAAUUCAGGGUAAAUAACUUGACCUAGGGUAGUACAGCAGCAGGCUCAGGACCAUUGUCAGCAUGGAGAUUGAUGUAACCAAUAUGCCACCUGCUGCUACAACAACAGAUUGAUGCCAGUAGCCUUUCUUGACUGGGAGGCUGAAACCAGGAAUUUCUGGGACUCAGAUUAAGUUGUCAUGGAGUAGAAAGAAGAAAGAACUGGAAGACAAGUGUAAUUUAGUCCAAAUCUUCAGCUAUGCCUCUGCUCGCAAAACCGAC